AUGGCUACCCAGACACCCGCGGUCGUCAUAGACAAUGGUACUGGCUUUUCAAAACUCGGCUUCGCUGGCAACGACUCCCCUUCCUUCGUCUUUCCUACAGCGAUAUCUACACGCAGCGGCGUUGGUGGCACCGGUGGUGCAGGCUCUGGACGUCCACCAGUGGCUAGUAAGCCUUCGUACUUGACAGGAGGGGCUGGUCCUUCAGGCAAUGUAUCUCACAAGAGGGGAACGGAGGAUCUCGACUUUUUCAUUGGGGAUGAGGCCUUGACUGCGGGGAGCGGACCUGGGUAUGGGAUACAUUAUCCUGUACGGCAUGGCCAAGUCGAAAACUGGGAUUUGAUGGAACGAUUCUGGUCAAAUUCAAUAUUCAAAUACCUUCGAGUGGAGCCAGAAGACCACUACUUCCUCCUAACAGAACCUCCUCUAAAUCCGCCAGAGAACCGUGAGAACACCGCGGAGAUCAUGUUCGAGUCCUUCAACUGCGCAGGUCUUUACAUAGCCGUACAAGCAGUACUCGCCCUUGCUGCCAGCUGGACCUCCUCCAAAGUCACGGACCGGUCACUGACCGGCAUAGUGGUUGACAGCGGCGACGGAGUCACACAUAUAAUACCAGUUGCUGAAGGCUACGUGAUCGGCUCAUCGAUCAAAUCUAUCCCAAUAGCAGGCCGAGAUAUCACAUACUUCGUACAAUCAUUGCUGCGAGAUCGAGGAGAACCCGACUCCUCUCUCAAGACGGCUGAGAGAGUGAAGGAAGAAUAUUGCUACGUUUGCCCAGACAUGGUCAAAGAAUUCUCUCGCUUCGAUCGCGAACCUGAACGCUUCCUCAAACACACCGUGACCUCCCCGAACGGAAGGACAGUGAAUGUGGACGUUGGCUAUGAGCGAUUCCUUGCCCCCGAGAUCUUCUUCAACCCCGAGAUCUGGUCUUCAGACUUCCUGACUCCCCUACCAGAGGUUGUGGAUGGCGUCAUCCAGUCUUCACCCAUUGAUGUGCGGCGUGGACUGUACAAGAACAUCGUGUUGUCGGGUGGCUCCACUCUAUACAAAGACUUUGGGCGGAGACUGCAAAGAGAUAUCAAACAUAUGGUAGACGCGCGCAUACGGGCUUCGGAGCUCAAGUCUGGGGGAAAGAAGUCUGGAGGCCUGGACGUGCAAGUAGUCACCCACAAGCGGCAGAGGCACGGACCGUGGUUUGGAGGGUCACUACUCGGGCAAACGCCAGAAUUCAGGAGCUAUUGUCAUACCAAGGCGGAGUACGACGAGGUGGGACCAAGUAUUGUCAGGAGGUUCAACCUGAUAGGAGGUCCGGGCAGUACGUAA